AUAUAUCUACGACCCCCCACCAUGCACUAGAGCCCAUAUCAAAAUCCCUUCAGAGUAUAUUUGAAGUAAAAGCAAAGAAAACUCAUCAAACCUCCCAACCUUAUAGCAAUCAUGAUCUAAUCAUAAUAUUGUCUCAUCUCCUUUCCACAUCUUUCACCUCUCAAAAAGAAUCACACCACCAUGGAAAUAACACCAAAAUUAUCACCACCACCCAUGGAUUAUCACUCCAACGUGGAUAGUUCGCGGCCUUUUCGUUCUGUCAAAGAAGCUGUAGCCAUCUUCGGUGAGCGAUUCUUGGUUAAAGAAAUCUAUUCGCCGAAGCCUUUCACAUUUCCAACAAAAGAAAGUCCAUCGAAUAAUAGUUAUAAUUAUUCUCCUAGAAGUGCUAAUUCUCAGGAAAUUGUAACCAAUGCCACGUCAUGGAAAUCUGCUUCAUCACCAAGUCCUCAAGAUUUGAAUAACAAUGAUCCUCUAGUUGUGGAAGCUUUGAAGAAGCUAGAAAGUGAGCUGGAAGAAACCAAGACGGAAUUGAAGCUUAUGAAAGCAAGAGAAUCGGAGACUGAAAUUGCGUUAGCGUCUUUAAACGCAGAGCUUCAUAAGAACAUGUCCAAAUUGGCACAAGCUGAAGCAGCUCACGCAGGUGCAAUGGCGGCGUCAAAAUCAGUGAAAAUUAACAAUGAAGAUUACGGUAAUAAUAAUCGUGAUAAGAAAAAGGAAAUGAAAGUGAGAUGGGAAUCACCACCAACAUUAAAAGAGAUUUUAACUAUUGAAGAGACAGAUCUAGGUUUGCUUGGGAAGAAAAAGGAAAAGAAGAAGACAAUGAAGAAGAAGCCCAUCAUCCCACUUGUGGGAGACUUGUUCUCCAGGAAAAAAAAAUCUUCUACUACUGUUGAUAAUCCACUUUUUGCUUCUUCUCAUCUCUUUUGAAUUGAGAAAAAGAAGAGAAGAAAUAUAAUAAGAAUUACAUUUAACUAUCAUUGCUUGUUGUAACUUAAUUUUUUUCUCUCUCUCUCUCUCUCUCUUUUUUUUUUUUUUUUUUUUCUGGAUUUUGUCGUUGAGAUUCAAGCUUGUGGGUGUUUAUAUCGUUAGGAACACCAUGAUCUCUGUAAUUCGUGUGUAUGUAUA